ACAACAACAAGGCAACUUCCGGUUGGUCGUUUUUACGAGGUGGACUGUGAGCAUCACGCAUAUACCAAGACAAGUUCGCGUAAAUGAGACAUUAGGGCCGUUUCAAACGUUAUAAGAAUGAUAACAAUCUCUCACCGAUUAAGCAAACCGUGAAAGCAGUUUAUGUUUUUGAAUUUACCGCUUCAAAAAAAAAUUGCACUGCGGGCUGUCUACAGUAAGGUAGGCAAGGCAAGGCAAUACAGUCAUUCUCGAGAUGCAGCAAGCUAUCGAGCUACUUUGUCUUUUGAAGUAUCGGACCUAAUGGUUUACUCAUAUUCCCAUAUUCAUAAAAAAGUAGUACAAGUUAGAGACCACCCACAACGCCACUGUUUUCUUGGAGUGUUCAAAGUGGUGAGGUAACGUUUUUGUUGCUGGAUUUAACAUACCAAUUAUUUCAAUUUGUAGGUAUGUUAGCUCGGUAACUUAGGUAGCUUCAUUAAGUAAACCAAAUGCAGAUAAUUUUACAGUGUUCUCGUGUCAGACCGUCCUAAUCUAGAAAGAGUAUGAGCGAAGGAGAAGUUUUCCACGAAAAGCAGAGACUGGAGUUGUGUGCUAUCCAUGCUCUCAACAACGUGCUCCAAGAGCGAGUAUUCACCAAGGAGACUGCCGACGACAUCUGCAAGCGCCUUGCCCCCCAAUGCGUUGUAAAUCCGCACCGCUCAAUGCUGGGUACUGGGAACUAUGAUGUUAAUGUCAUCAUGGCAGCUCUGCAGAGUCGUGGCCUGGCAGCAGUGUGGUGGGACAAACGAAGGUCCGUGCAGAGCCUGCGUUUGGACAAAGUUCAGGGCUUUAUUCUCAAUGUUCCCUCCCGAGUGUCACUGGGAAUUGUAUCCCUCCCUCUCAGGCGGCGACACUGGCUUGCUGUACGACAGGUUGGCGGGAACUACUACAACUUGGACUCCAAGUUAAAGGGUCCCACAUGUAUUGGAGGGGAAGCAGAACUCCGCACGUUUCUCGGCGAGCAGCUCUCUCAGGAUGUCACAGAGAUGCUCCUGGUAGUCCAAAGGGAAGUGGAGGAGGAUGGAACGUGGCUGAACACAGAUGACUCACGAAAGUGAUGUCUCAGGAUAGGACACUCUUUCACUAGACCAAGUCCAAAUUAUAAGAACUUUUGACAGUAUGGGAGGCCCCCUCUGAAUGCCACUACAAGUGUUUGGAGAUUUGGUGGAUCACGGACACAUAUACACAUUAAAAAUGCCCUCAACGAGGACUGUUACCAUGAAGGACUGAUUUGUAUGAACGGUUAGACGCUGAGUGGAUAUCACAGUAGCAUUAACUACACUAUCUCUCACUCUCGCUUUCUCUCUCACCGCAGUCUCAAAUGUUCUCUCUCUCUCUCUCUCUCUCUCUCUCUCUCUCUCAGGUUGAUAAGUACUUGAUUCAGAGAUAUAAGAAUCAAUAGUUCUCCAAUGUUCUUCUCUUUUAAUUCAUCUAUGCACUGCACUUCUUCAGUAGACACGAUGGAAUUGGCUUUUCUUUAUCUAUGCACAGAAGAGUUUCACAAUAGCUGACCGGACGGCUGUCUGUAUAUUGGUAUAAGUCUGUCUUUUGUGGUGGUGUCUGUCUGUCUGUCUGUUGAACUAUGCAUUCUAUAGUGACCAGAGACUUCUCCAGAGAUGUCUUUCAGGAUUUCACCUUUCUGUCUCUGUCAAUGAAGCUCAGAGGAAACAAAAGCAAUUUAAUAAAGUGAACUGAUGUUAUUUAUAUGAACCUAAA